AUGGUCAUGCAAGCCGUACAAGAAGAACCUGAGCCUGUCUUCGACGGCGUGGUAGACUCCCCGCCAACUCUGAACGGCGCCGGCGAAUCCCACCACGUCUCCUUCAGUGGCUCGCCCAAUGAUAUUGGUUUUCCGUGUUCUUCUGUCAAGGAGGAAAGUAAUGGCAUCAACGGAACGGCGGACGAGAAAUCUAUCAAGCCCAAGCAAAAGCGUAACAAGCCUACGCUUUCUUGCCUGGAGUGCGUGGAGCGGAAGACCAAGUGCGACCGGGCAAGGCCAUGCCUUGCUUGCGUGAAGCGGCAAUCAAACUGUCAAUUUACGGCAGUAGCGAACCUCAUUGCGUCCGCAGACCGCAAGAACAGUGCCAACACUAAGGCGAGGUAUGUGACGAAGCCUCCUGGUAAGGUCCGUAAGGCCAGUACAUCCUCCUUAGCUGUUACCUCGCCUGUAAGUACGGACAAUGGCUGGGUCACGAUCGAGAACAGAGCGCAUCGGAAGUCGAUGUCCUCCAACGGCUCGUCGCCGUACCUGCUGUCGAAUGUGCCGUAUGCGCAGUCAACGCCUUCCAACGUAUUCGGCGUUGGUUCGCAGCAUCCCUUCUCCAAUUACUGGACAUGUUCUGGCGGCCUACCGGAAGUAAUCAGCGUCAUGCCAUCCAAGGAACAAGCAGACAUCCUUAUUGCGAAAUAUUUCGAGGUCGUAGAUCCGGUUUACCCUUUCCUUCAUCGACGGAGCUUUUACGCAGAUUACGAGAAGUUCUGGGCCCUUAGCCCGGAUGAGAAAAACCUAGCCGAUGCCUCGUUCAUGGCGCUACAGUACGCCAUGUAUGCACUUGGCACGCAAUUUAUGCCUUUCCCGUCAUACGAGGAGCGAUCUCAGACCGCGGAGUUCUACUGCUCAGCGGCGAACCAGGCUCUACGAGUGUACUCAUACCUUAAUCGGACAUCAAUGCGUGCAAUUCAGGCUAUGCUACUAAUGGCUUACUUCCUGAUGAACGAUAACCAUGCUUCUGAUGCCUACGCUUGGGCUGGAAUACACCUGCGGCAAGCGUAUGCGAUGCGAUUACAUAGAGAUCCAGAUAUUGUCGUGCCGGAUGCGCCGGUGCUAGAGAAGCAACAACGCCGGAAGCUGUGGCAGGCUGUCUUCUUCCAGGAUACCUUCUUGACGGUGCUGCUCAAGUUGCCACCAACCGCGACCCACAGUGAUGUACCCGUUGAGUCUCUGGCUGAUGAGAACGAGCUCAGCAUGGAUGGCCUAGACACGUGUCUGGGUACUCAUUCGCGCGUAGAGAACCUCAUGAGCAUCAAUGUUAUCGCACCUCAAGCAUGUGAACCUUUGGCGCCGCCUAUGCCGCACCACAUAGUUGACCCUGGAACGAUGAAGAGCGAUGUCGCAUACCAGCGGAGCAUGUGGCACCUUGGCAACCUUGUGCAGGAGAACUUGUCGUCCCCUUGCUCACUGUCGCUGCCGCUAGCGAACAGUCCACGGCACAAGGACUCGCUCAUUGCUGCCUUUAAGCGCCUCUACAAGUCCUUCCCCAGUCACCUUACCAAUCUGGACUACGGAAUGUUACAGCAGCAAGCGGCGCUGCACCCUCGAGCUGCGCGGCAGAAUCUUUUCUUGACGUCGAACUACCACCACUGUCUCAUGCUGCUGCAAGCGUCCGAGAACGAAGCGUCUGGGGUCGAGGCGAACGUCAAAUGCGCAUUGGAAGCAGCUCACGAAGCUGUGUGGGCGUUCUUCAAGCUCUGGGGCCUCUUCGAAAGCGAAGCCGGUGUUUGGUGGGUGUUCCAACAUAGAGCGUUCGAGGAGAGCUUACUCAUUGCCCAUCUGCUUUCCUUGUCGUCAAACGAGGAUAUGAAUGGUGUGCCUCAGUAUGAUCCCGUCUAUGAUCGAGCAAAGGAGGACGUUGCACGCAUGCUGGAGAUCAUGGAUAGCAACUUCCGCUACGGCGGGAGUCUGGAAAUGCACCGCGCGAGGAAGGAGGUGUUGCAGCAGGCUUUCGAGAGGAUCGUGAUAUAA